UACAAUAAAUAUAUAUAAAGUCAAAGUUGAUGAACGUUUUGUUAGCUGCCCCUUCAAUUUCUCCAUAUUUUUCUUCUUCAGUGUACUUCUGAUCGGAUCUCAGUUUAACAGUUUUGUUCUAAGCUACAAGAUUCGAUCUUUUUGUUAUUUUUGUUGAGAGGGUACGGUUGCGAGAUUGUGUGGAGUGGGGAGUUUUUAUUUUUGGCUGAUUCGCGAAGAGAAAGGAGAGAAUGAGGAAGGCGGUAGUCGGAGCGGCGGUGGUGGGGGCGGCGGCGGCCUGCGCCGUGGCGGCUCUGGUGGUGCGCCACCGCAUGAAGAAAUCUAACAAGUGGGCACGGGCCAUGGCCAUUCUCCGCGAAUUCGGGGAGAAGUGCGCCACCCCCAACGCGAAGCUCAGGCAGCUGGCCGACGCCAUGACGGUGGAGAUGCACGCCGGACUCGCCUCCGAGGGCGGCAGCAAGCUCAAGAUGCUCAUUAGCUACGUCGACAAUCUCCCCACUGGUGAUGAGGAAGGAGUGUUCUAUGCCUUGGAUCUUGGUGGGACGAAUUUCCGCGUGUUGCGAGUGCAGUUGGGAGGGAAAAAUGGUGGCAUUACUAGUCAAGAAUUCGCUGAAGCAUCUAUACCCCCUAAUCUUAUGGUUGGCAGUGGAGAGGCCCUCUUUGACUUCAUUGCGGAAAAGCUUACAAAGUUUAUAGCUGAAGAAGAACAGAAGUUCCACCAACCUUCCGGAAAGCAGAGGGAGCUAGGUUUUACUUUCUCGUUCCCUGUAAUGCAGACUUCAAUUAAUAGUGGGGAUCUUAUUAGGUGGACGAAAGGGUUCUCUAUUGAUGAUACGGUUGGCAAAGAUGUGGUUGCGGAACUAACAAAAGCCAUUAAGAGAAAAGGUGUUUUUCUGCGGGUGGCAGCUCUGGUUAACGAUACUAUUGGGACAUUAGCCGGGGGUAGAUAUUCGAACAAGGAUGUAUCUGUUGCGGUGAUCUUGGGUACUGGAACUAAUGCUGCAUACGUAGAGCGGGCCCAGGCAAUCCCGAAGUGGCAUGGUCCUCUUCCUAAAUCGGGAGAGAUGGUUAUCAACAUGGAGUGGGGUAAUUUUAGGGCAUCACAUCUGCCUUUUACCGAGUACGAUCAAGCACUGGAUUCUGAAAGUUUAAAUCCCGGGGAACAGAUAUUCGAAAAGAUGACAUCUGGCAUGUAUUUGGGUGAUAUUCUAAGGAGAGUUCUGCUUAAAAUGGCUGAAGAAGCUGCCUUCUUCGGUGAUGAGGUCCCUUCAAAAUUAAAGACUCCAUUCGUAUUGAGGACACCUGAAAUGUCAGCUAUGCAUCACGACACAUCGCCUGAUCUGAAGGUGGUUGGUGAGAAACUGAAAGAUAUUUUAGAGAUACCGAAUACCUCCUUUAAAAUAAGGAGAGUAGUGGUUGAGCUGUGCAACAUCAUUGCGAUACGCGGGGCACGGCUUGCAGCUUCGGGGAUUCUGGGCAUCCUGAAAAAGAUGGGACGAGAUGCGCCGAGAGAAGGCGGGCCCGUGAAGACCGUGAUCGCGAUGGAUGGCGGGCUAUACGAGCACUACACCGAAUACAGCAGGUGUUUGGAGAACUCUUUGUAUGAUUUGGUGGGAGAGGAAAUGGCACCACACAUUGUGUUUGAGCUCUCAAAUGAUGGUUCUGGGAUUGGUGCUGCUCUCCUCGCGGCCUCCCAUUCCUACUAUGCUGAUGAGCAGAUUGCCUAAAAUAAAAGAAGUUUGAUGCACAACUGUUUUCGCCAUUGCCAAUUUUCGAUUCUUUUAAACUUUUCUUGUCUGUUAGUUUAGGAAAAAUGUUGGAAACCCAACAUAUGUAUUCAAGAACUUUAGGUUUCAUUGUAGAUUACUGCCAUUUUUAUGAGCUCCAUAACUCUCUUUCUGCUGAAAAACCUUUCAUCAGGAUAUAAUAAAGUGGAAAGUUUUGAAUC